AUGCACAUAAAAGUAUAAGAAUAGUAACAUCAUAGAUAAACAUUUUAAAACUACUUAAAUUUUAGAAAAUAUAAAUACUGCAGAUUGGAUGGAUCAGCACCAAUUAACGUUAGAGAUGAAAAUAUUCAAGGAGUCUUUAGAAUCCUGAUUCAGGCUUUUUUGUAUAAUUUUGACAGAGACUAUAAUCCUCAAUUAGUUCAACAGGCUAUGGAUAGAACUCAUAGAAUCGGAUAGAAAAAGAAAAUUAUGCUUUAUAGAUCAAAAUCUUGA